AUGAAUGUCUACAAGGGUGACAUCGUCAUAUCUGGAGUUGGAGGCUACUUUCCUAAAGCCAAAAACAUCGAACAGUUCAAGCAAAAACUGCUUGACCAAGAGUUUUUGUUGGAAUCACGUUGGAGAGAUGGCGAACGCGGUUGUACAAAUUUGAUUGGAAAAGUUGAAACUGAAUACUUCGACAAUGCAUAUUUUGGAAUCCAUAGACAACAGUGUACCUUCAUGGACCCAAUGCAGCGUCUGGUUUUGGAAAGGACAUUCGAGGCCAUCAUCGAUGCUGGUGUUAAUCCUGCGGAGAUUAAAGGACGAAAGGUCGGAUGUUUCAUGGGUUCCGCCAUUGGAGAAAACGAUAACUUGUUUUUGGAAUCUGUCGUGAGUGGUUUCGGUGUAACUGGACAUUCCAGGGCCAUGAUGCCCAAUCGUAUAUCAUACUGGUUGAAUUUAAAAGGUCCCAGCGUUGCUUACGACAGUAACUGGAUUGGAGGAUUUGAAGUGUUGCGCUUAGCAUUUGAUGCAAUUCGCACAGGACAAUGCGAAUCGGUAAUUAUUGGAACUGCAAAUUUGGCUUUCAAUUCGGAGUAUCAGUGGCUCUACAGCGAUAUGGGGUUGAUAUCCCCGGAUGGAAGCACCAGAGCUUUUGAUGCUAAUGCAUCUGGGUAUGCUCGGAGUGAUGGUGUAGUAGUUCUCUACAUUCAAAAAGCAACCGAUGCGAAAAGAUCUUAUGCUAGCAUCGUGAACGUAGCCACCAUGUUCAAUGGCAACAGGGAAGGUAAUUUGCUUACUUUGGACGUUCCCAGCAUGGUAAACUUCAUGAAAGACUUUUACAAAAACAUCAACGUCAAACCUGAGGAUGUUGAAUACGUCGAAGCUUAUGGAUGUGCCCAUAAAGAAACCGAUAAAAAAGAGGUUGAUGCUCUGGAACAAGUUUAUUGCAACAACAGAAAAAAUCCUCUUCUAAUAGGAUCAGUUAAAACCAACACUGGGCACAGCGAAGCUACAGCAGGUCUGUUUAGUAUUGUCAAAGUUCUGAUAGCCAUGGAGACCGGAAUAAUCCCAGCCAAUAUGCAAUACGAAACACCUAAUCCCGAAAUAUCAGCUUUGGUCGACGGAAAAGUGAAGGUUGUGUCAGAAAACCUAAAAUGGAACGGUACAUAUGCAGCUGUUAAUGGCAUCGGUAUUGAUUCGUAUUAUGGACAUGUCUUGUUGAAAUCCAAUGUUAAGAGGAAGGAAGUCAUUAAAGAUGAUUUGCCGAGAUUGAUUUUCGCAUCAACAAGAACUGAGGAAGGAAUCAAGGCAAUCUUAGAGACAAUUAAAUCCAAACCUGCAGAUCCAGAAUACUACAGUUUAAUUCAAAACUUGUUUGCCACUCCCAUUUCUGGACAUCUUUACAGAGGUUAUGCUGUUCUGGGAAAAGAUGAAGUAAAACAAGAAUCUGAGUAUCACAUGGGUAACAAACGUCAAGUGUGGUUCGUAUAUACUGGUAUGGGAAGUCAAUGGUGUGGAAUGGCAAGUGAUCUGAUGCAAAUACCUGUAUUUGCUAAAGCAGUCAAUAAAUGCCACGAGAUUUUAGCUCCUAAAGGUGUUGAUCUCAUGAACAUCAUCACCAGUACAGAUAAAACAACUUUCGACAGCAUCUUGCAUUCCUUCGUUGGUAUCGCAGCCAUCCAGAUCGGUUUGACUGAUGUUCUCCAUUCUAUUGGUAUCCAACCUGAUGGAAUUAUUGGUCACUCUGUUGGAGAGUUGGGUUGCGCUUAUGCUGAUGGUUGUAUGACAGCUGAACAAAUGAUUUUGUCUGCUUACUCCAGAGGCCGAGCUUCCCUAGAAGCUGAAUUAAUUAAGGGAAUGAUGGCAGCCAUUGGUUUGGGUUACAAACAAAUAAAGGACAAAUGCCCACCAACGAUAGAAGUGGCAUGUCACAACGGCCCAGACAGCUCGACUAUUUCAGGCCCGACAGAGGAUAUGGAAAAAUUUGUUAAAGACCUUCAAGAUCAGGGAGUCUUUGCCAGACUUGUGAACGUCGCAAACAUCGCUUAUCAUAGCAGAUACAUCAAACCUGCAGCGCCUCUUCUGCUUAAAUACCUGAAAGAAAUUCUGCCCGAACCAGUUGCGAGAUCGUCCAAAUGGAUAAGCACCAGUAAUUCCGAGGAAAAUUGGAAUACGGACUUGUCAAAACACUCUUCCGCCGAAUAUCACACCAACAAUUUACUCAGUUCUGUGCUGUUUGAAGAGGGAUUGAAGCACAUUCCCAAAGAUUCGGUUUUGAUUGAAAUAGCUCCCCAUGGUUUAUUGCAAGCUAUUUUGAAGCGUUCAGUGAAACAAGGAUGCAGCAACAUUGCAUUAACUCAAAGGGGUACCAAGAGUGGAGUCGAAUUUUUGCUUAGCAGUCUUGGAAAGUUAUAUUUAGCUGGUCUUGAUUUUAACAUAGCUGAGCUGUAUCCAAAAAUUGAAUUCCCCGUCAGUAAGGGUACAGCUUGUCUGGCUGAACUGGCACACUGGAAUCAUUCAGAAAUAUGGAGAACUGGCAUGGAAGAUAAAAUGCAAAACCUUUUCGGUGUUAGAGACAUUCAAGUGACUUUAAAUAGUGAGGAGUUCAGAGAUUGUGUUGGACAUCAACUAGACGACAAAAUUAUUUUGCCCUCAAGCUUCUAUUUGAACAUUGUUUACAACAUCAUAUCAAGCAUUACUACUGGUUUAAAAGAGAUUGUUUUUGAAAAUCUACAUUUCAAAAAAGUACUAGCUAUACCCAAGAUUGGUUCUGUUCCUCUACAUGCCAUGAUUCAAAAGGGCAGUGGUGAUUUUGAAAUUAUUUCUGGAACUGACAUUUUGGUUACUGGAAGAAUGACUUUCCCUCAAGCCAACGACCAAUAUAUGAUCGAAGCUUCAGAAAUCGAAAUCUCUGAAGAUAACGUACAAUUAUCUGGAAGUGAUGUCUACAAUGAAUUCCAUCAUAGAGGACAAAAGUAUUCCGCCUUGUUUAAAACUAUCAAGAGUCUUACUAUUACUGAAGAAGGAUGUGUUUCUGUAAUCCAGUACAAUGCCAAAUGGCAUUUAUUUUUGGAAGCCAUGAUUCAGCAACAACUUUUACAAGCUGGUGAAAAGCACCAAGACAUUCAUGUACCGAAGAAUAUUCAAAAAAUUGCUAUUUCUCAAACCAACUUACCAUCAGAGAAAACAGACCUCAAAGUUACUUAUAACUAUUCCACUGGUUUGAUAUCAGCUGAAGGAAUCCAAAUAGUUGGAAUGAAAACGAUUCCUUAUCCCAAAGAAAAGAGAUCAGUUUUUUACGAUUCAUAUGAAUACAUUAAUUUAAAUAAUGUGACAUAUUCUGGAAUGGAAAAUGGAAUUAACAUUGCUUUACAAUUAGCCCUGGACAAUUUUGAAGAUCAGUACAUUACCAACGUCAUGAUAACUGAAAUCGAAUCCACCAACCCAUCUCUCGUGGACAAUGUCAAAAAUAUUUUAAAUCAGUAUACGAGAUUAAACCCCAACGUAACCAGCGUAAAAGAUGUAAAACAGAUUAUCGUCCAAAACACCUACCCUCUAUUUUUGAUCUCUAACGAUUAUCUCAGAGAAGAUUUAGCUAAACUCAUUGGUGGCACACAUGCUUUCGCUUUGGUCCGAACUAAUAAAUCCAUAACAUCAUUCCCACAUGUGAUUGAAGUGGCACAGUUCACGGUUGCUGGAGUAUCUUACUCCAUUCUCAAAAGGGCCGUCUCGUCUGAACCUAUCGUUAUCACCGUGAAAGGGGACACGCUAAGCUUGAAAGACUUAACAAGAGGAUCUGUAUCAUGGGCAUCUGAAUUGGCGUCAGCUGUUACCGUAGCUAAAGCUAAACAUCAUAGUGUUUAUUUGGUAUCGUACGUCGUACCCACCGAAGGUUUUACAAACUUCGUGCAAGAAUUAAGAGCUCAACCCAACAUGUCACCAUUAAGGGUUUUGUUUGUAUUGGAUAAGAAACCUGUUGAAUUGAAUUUGAACGAUCCUUUCACCAAACACAUUUUCAAGCAAGAUUUAUGUUUGUCCAUUAUUAAAGAUGGAGUACUUAACGGUUAUAUUUCGGUUCCAAUUUCGUACAAAGAAAAUGUCGUACAGCAAAAUAUGACUAGCAACAUUAUUAAGAACAAGACUAUUAGUUAUAUUGGAAUUAAUCUAAGGGAUGAAACAUUAGCCCCUGAAACUUAUAAACCUAAUGAACUGGGCAAUGUUGAUUAUGUUGGAAUUACAAGCACAGGUCAGAAAGUCAUGGGACUUGCACAAUUAGACAAGGACACUUGUAAACUAGUAACCGAUGAUCUUCUUACUUGGGACUUACCAGAUGAUUGGUCACAAGAAGACGCAUGUACCAUCCCUCAUGCCUACACAAGCGCGUAUUAUGCACUGUUUAUAAAAGCAAGAUUGAGGCCUGGUGAAACAGUUCUUAUCCAUGCUGGUUGCUCCCCUAUUGGUUUAGCGGCCAUUUCCAUCGCAACUUGUUACGGAUGCACAGUUUAUACCACAGUCUCCACAGACUGGCAGAAGGCAUAUUUAAAAAAACAAUUUAUUGUGUUGAAAGACCGCAACAUUCUCUGUUCUGAUGAUUCCACUUUCGAACCUAUGUUGAUGAUGGCAACAGGUGGUAUCGGUGCUCAGGUUAUCAUCAACUGUCUAUCCGGAAGUCUUCUUCAAUCUUCGGUAGCUUGUAUGGCUGACUAUGGACGAUUCAUUCAAAUUGGAAAGUACGAUUUAAGCGAGAAUAACACGAUCGGUAUGAAUAUCUUUUUGAAGAACACCUCAUUUUAUGCGGUAAAUCUUGAGAACAUAUUUACUGCACCACAAGAAGUUAAGGCUGAAAUUAAAUCUUUAAUUGAAGCUGGUUUGGAAUCCAAGUCAGUGAGACCUCUUGUAAGAAAAGUGGUAGUUCACCAAAAUAUCGACAGCAUUUUGAGUUCGCUAAAGAAAAGCAGCAACGUAGGCAAGAUCCUAAUUAAAGUAAACAACAACCUAGAGAUGAGCAGGUUGAAUGUUGAGAAACCAACACAAUUCAUUUGUGAUGCUAAGAGCUCGUACCUUGUGUACGGCGGUAGUGCUGAAAUCUGGACGGAUUUGACAGAGUGGCUGAUCCUUCGUGGUGCCAGAAAAAUUGUUGUCUCUUCUGAAGCCAAGUCGCAACAAACACACAUUAACCGUAGACUGUCGCUCUUGCAAUCCUACUAUGGAGCUGAAAUAGUGUUUGCGCCAAGCAAAGCCCACACUAGGGCCGGUGCCAUCGAACUGAUUUCCGAGGUUUACUUCCUUGGUCCCAUUCAUUGUGUCUUCACAUUACCAAACAAGAGCGUUGUAUCCAGAUCCAGCGAUUCCAAACCAGUUUUAUAUAUCGACAAUGCUCUGAGGACAACUGCUCCUAAGGCACUGUUCAUCAAUUUCAUCAGUGUGGCCGCUGGUAUUUGCCAGUUGAGAUCUGAAGCUGGAUUUGGCACGCACAACAUUCAGUGGCAAAAGGAGUUGGAAUUCACUGACGCCCUCUAUGGACUUGAUGACAUACUUACUUUUACCGUGAAAAACAUUUUCAUCAAGAACGACAAGGUCAGCGAUUCCAAACAGGAGUCGACGCAAGCUUUGUUCAAAAAAUUGACGCUGAUGUUGCCGUCUUCUGUAGAUGAAAUUACGGAACAUUCGAGAUUUGCUCCAAAGGAACCGAAGUUGGUACAGAUGACAACACUGGGACCAAGAGACAUGAGAGAGCUUCAUCCAUUGUUCAUCAUUCCUGGUUUGACUGGGCAAAGCGAAAUUGAGGAGCUUUGCAGGGAAUUGAUGUAUCCAACUUUCUGUGCCGUAUUGCCAAGUACCCCAUUAUCAAUUCAAGAGAUUGCAACCAAUCUAUUAGAAAAAAUCCGUAACAUAUGGCCCAAAGGCCCGUAUGUUUUGAUCGGAGUCUCUUGGGGCGGUGCAUUGGCGAUUGAAAUUGCCCGAUUGUUGGAUCAGCAAAAAUCUAAGGUAUAUAUUUACUUUAUUGACGCUGCACCCAACACACUGCAGUCAGCUCUCAAACACUUGGCCGAGGACCCGAAGGAGAUGGAAGUCAACCUCCUCACCAGGAUAUUCAAUAUCAACGACACCGAGAUAAUAACGAGAAUAAGGAGCAGCGCGUCCUGGGAGUCACGUAUCCGUUUGGCGUUCGACAACUACGAGGGAACGAUUGCUGACAGACGCACAUUAGAGGCCAACCUGUCGACGUUGAAGAAAAGGCUACAGGACCUGUCGGCAUUCCAGCCCACGGAAGACGUGGUCUCUGGGGGUGUGCAUCUAAUAAGACCGGCAGAUGCCAGCAAAUACGACAACUGCGGUCUGACGUCGUAUUGCAAACAAACCCCGGAAAUAUUUUUGGUUCACGGCGAUCACUUGAGCAUCAUCAACAGCAAGGAAACAUCGGAGUACAUUAACAGAACUCACAUGAUUUAAAUUAAACAUGUAUAAGUUAAAGGUGCAAUAAAACGUUCAAAAAA